CGAUGGCUUCUUCCUUUUUCUUUUGUGCGACUGUUUUUCUUUUGUGCACCUUUGCUAAAGCUACUCAGCCACCUGGUCUCACUUUAACAGUUGUCAACAACUGUCCCUUCACCAUUUACCCAGCUAUCCAACCCAACGCCGGUCACCCUGUCCUCGAAAAAGGCGGUUUCUCCCUUCAAACCUUGACCCACCGUUCCUUCCCCGCACCCACAGCCCACUGGUCCGGUCGUAUCUGGGCUCGAACAGGUUGCACCAACUCCAACGGCCAAUUCUAUUGCGCCACCGGAGAUUGCGGCCACCGCAUAGAGUGCAAUGGCCUGGGUGGCGCAACCCCAGUGACGCUGGCGCAGUUCAGCCUCCACCACGGAGGCGAAAAAGACCUCUCUUCCUACGAAGUCAGCCUCGUCGACGGUUUUAACCUCCCUAUGACAGUGACCCCACAUGAAGGCAAAGGCGUUUGCCCCGUCGUCGGGUGUAGGGCUAAUCUGCUCGCCACGUGUCCAAACGAGUUACAAUUCAGGUGGCCGAUGGGUAAAGGCCCGGUGGUGGGUUGCAAGAGUGGGUGCGGAGCCUUUGGUACGGACGAGCUUUGUUGUAGGAACCAUUACAAUAGUCCAGAGACGUGUAAGGGUUCGAGUUAUUCAGAAUUUUUCAAGCACGCUUGCCCCGCCACGUUUACGUAUGCGCAUGAUAGCCCAUCGCUCAUGCACGACUGUUCUUCCCCACGUGAACUUAAGGUUAUCUUUUGUCACUAGCUUAGCUACAAGGCAACACAAAGAUGAAAUAAAACUUUUAGACCCAUAUAUGUGUGUGUUAUGUUUGUUUUUAAGUUGGAUUGAAGAAUCAAUGGUGUUGAAC